AUUCCGCUCGUGGCCACGCCCCCUCUCCGCUGUCCGGGCAGCAGUGCGCGGUUCCGGGUUGGGUAGCUGCUGUCGCUCCGCCGCUUCCAGAAUGGCUCUUUUACUGGAGCACCGGUUUCUCCAGAUCCCGAACUCCAGCCAGAUCCACACCGGAGCCUUUCUGGACUCGGUCUCACACCUCCCGCCCUUCUUCGACUGCCUCGGUUCCAAAGUUUUUGCUCCUAUUAAAGCUGAUAUAAGUGGAAACAUCACAAAAAUUAAAGCUGUGUACGACUCGGACCCUGAGAAGUAUGAGACCCUGCAGAAGAUUCUGGAGGCUGAGAAGGAAAUCUACGGGUCAGAAUGGCCGAAAGCAGGAGCCACGCUGGCACUCAUGUGGUUAAAAAGAGGUCUACGCUUCAUUCAGAUCCUGCUGCAGAGUCUGGCAGACGGGGAGCGAGACGAGAACAACCCCAACCUCAUCCGGGUCAACAUCACUAAAGCCUACGAACAAGCCCUGAAGAGGUACCACGGCUGGAUCGUUCAGAAGGUCUUUAAGGCGGCGCUGCUGGCUGCACCGUACAGGUCAAACUUCCUGAAGGCCCUGUCUAAAGGUGAGGAGGUUCCAGAGGAGGAGUGCCUGGAAAACGUCCGGCAGUUCUUGGUGAACUUUACGGCCACUGUGGACGCCAUCUUUGAGAUGUACACGGUCAUGAACGCUGAGCUGGACUACACAGUGUGACCUGCAGUGCUGUGUGUGUGUGUGUGUGUGUGUGUGUGUGUGUGUGUGGGUUGGGGUUGAGCUCCAAGUGUGCCUUUCUCAGGUCAGACAGCAUUCCCAUACCAAUCUAAAAGGCUUAAAAAAUGACUUCAUUAUGUAGCACAAGUGGCCUUGCUCUCUCUCUCUCUGGGUGUGUACAGUACAGUAGGUGGCGCUCUUUCCCCUCAUCACUCCUAGGGUGAUGUGGAUCAGCACAAGGCUGCAUCUGUGAGCUGAUGUAUCAGAACCGUGUCGCUGCGCUUUCCUCUGAGCAUUAGCGCUGUGAUGCUACUCGGCAAUGCUGCAUCAUCAGCAGGUCAGAAAGAGGCGGAGCCUAACUUCAUAUGUAUCGGAGGAGGCGUGUGCUAGUCUUCACCCUCCCGGUGUUGUACCAUCACUAGUAGAUAGAUAGAUAGAUACUUUAUUUAUCCCGAAGGAAAUUUAGGAAUAUCACGUAUUAAAUUCUGUUAAGUGAAAUAUCUAUAUAGAAAUUAUUUUACCAACAGAAAGGAACAUUUGGAGAGUGGCCUCUUUCAUAAUCUAAAUUUGUAGCCCACCGCUAUUUAAAAGCAACAUUUUAUAUCACUGACUGUUUAAUACAUUCUGUUAAUUUAUCAGAAACUGCCUUAAAAAUCUUUUUUAGAGAUAUAUGAAAUAUGCAAAAAAAAAAAAAACAUCUGAUGCAAAAAGAGAGGUCAGACUGCUUUUUAAAUGAAGCACAAUAAUAAACUGUAUGCCGUCGCUGUCAUACAAAAAACUCUCUAGAUUUUUAUUAUUAACAUUUACUUUUUAAUUGACAGUUAUGAAGGUCCAAAAAUGUUUUUAGUAAAUAAUCCCUGUUAUGGUAAGUUAUCUUUAGGGUGAAAAAAUGAAUGCACAGUUGCCAUUUAUUAGAAAUGCCUGGAUUGUGCCUGCAGCUCAUUGGCCUUUUUAUCAGAAACACCUACGCUGUUAAAAAUAGAGGUGCUACAGACUAUUCUCCAUGUAAUUCCAUAAAGGAACUAUUUUUGUAAAAGCUACACGUAUCAUUUUAAAUGUUUAAAAUAGUAAUUGUGAUAAUUCUGUAUCGGUUUGGAGCAGAUAUGAAGAGAAAACCCUUUCAUUGUUUCUAAUAAAGUGGACAGUGUGUGAACACAGUGUGUAAAAACAACUAAAUUAGAGAUAAGUUAGCGAUGAAAUUAGAAAUUUAAAAAUAGAUAUGAAUUAAUUUCUUCCAAUAUAUGUUUAAACUGAUAUUAAAUAUGUAUUUAUUUAUUGAGUUUCUAAAGAACAGAAUGUUUAAGUUGAGGUUAAUAAAUCUGAUCUAAUGCUGAUCUGGGUGAAUGCACUCCCACAUUUUAUGUAUGUUUUCCAAUCUGAAUUAAAUAAAUAAACAAUGAUUAUUUAUUAAA